UUCCUUGGCCUAUAUAUGUAAACCCACCACCUUGUUUCUAAGACACUGCAACCUAUUACAACAAAAUAGCUUCUGUCUGCUGGAAGCUCAAAACACCAUCCUCUCACAAAUUUUUACUAUUUUGAAUCAUCAAUGGCUCGCAACUUCAACAACGUUAAAGCUAUCUCUGCUCUUGUUGCUGAUGGAUUCUCCAACUCUAUUAGACGAGGAUAUGCGACGGCGGCAACACAAAACGCAACAAGAGGAGUAGCAACCUCCACCAAAUCAGGGGAGGACAAGGUGGCAAAUGCCAACAAAGUGGCGUGGGUCCCCGACCCCGUCACUGGUUACUAUAAACCGGAGAACACCAGCGAGGUUGAUGUUUCUGACCCACGAGUAACGGUUUUGGGCAAAAAAAUAAUCAACACAGAGCAGUAAUUUAAUUUAAAUAUGUUGUUAUUGGCGAUUUGAAGUGUAUGUUUGAUAUUACGAAGUUGGACAAAAUUAUAGUAUCAUGGUGAGUUCAUAAUUUGUAACUUUUGCAAGAAUAGGAUGUUUCACCAUAAUUUUGUAAAACACAUUGCGAUAUCAAAUAAGUACUAGAUUGUGUCUUUUGGUUUUGAGGUUGA